UUCAAGUAUGUAGGUUGGAUUGGCAUCCAUGUUCCAGAAGAAGAUCAAGCGCAAGUGAAAGAGCGUUUGAUUAAGGAUUGGUGCUGCUAUCCCGUAUUCUUGGAUCAGAAUCUCGCCUACAGGGUCUUCGAUAUUUUUUGUCAGAGCGUGCUUUCACCUUUGUUCCACCAUAUCAUUGAACUGGCCGAAGAAGGAAGUGAAUCUUGCUGGCAAUGGGAAUUGUGGCACGAAUACGAAAAAGUGAACAAGGUCUACUCGGAUCUAGCGCUGAUGCCAGUCUCUCAAGGAGGACCACACUCUCCCACCGAUCGCAUUUGGGUUUUGGAUUACGAAAUGAUGUUGGUUCCGCACUAUGCAAGCAGGAAAUGCCCUUCUGCCCAUAUUGGAUACUCGUUCUUGUCUGUUUUCCCCAGUACCGAAGUUUUUAGGGUGCUUCCUGUUCGUAUUGAGCUUCUCUGCGCAUUGCUCUGCUCAGAUCUGAUCAGCUUCGAUCUGUUUGAGUAUGCAAGGCAUUUCCUGCAUUGUUGCUCUCGGUUGCUCGGUCUCGAGCACAGAUCAAGAAGAGGUCUCAUUGGAGUAGACUUCAAUGGUCGGAGAGUGAACGUCAGGUGUGGUCUCAUCGGCUUCGAUGUGUCUGGCACCCGCGAGCUCCGAGACUCACAAGACGUAGUCAACAUUAAGGAGCAGCUUCAAAAGGAGUUCGACGGUAAGACUGUCAUCGUAAGCUGUGACAAGAUCGAUCGCCUCAGUGGCAUCAGCUUGAAGUUGACGGCCUUCGAAACUUUGAUGAGGUUUUCUUCGCACGUUUGGUAUGGUAAACUGGUUCUCGUCCAGCUCUUGAGGAGGCCCACUUACGCUGCGACUGAAUUGCUAGAGUCCCAGAGGAAGGAACUCGAGCAGAUUGAGGAGCUGGCAAGCAAAAUUAACGAUGAAUUUCCGGGCUCUGUGAGACUUAUCGGCCCUUAUGAGGAGAACCCAAAAAUCCGGUUGGCAUACUUUGGGCUCGGUCAGCUGUACUUGAAUACUUCUGUACGAACUGGUCUUGACUGGUCUCCCUUCGAGUUCGUCAUGUGCUCGGAGAAGCAAACUGCUCCCUUGUGCGUGUCUGAAUUCCUAGGAUGCUCCCGCGUUCUUUCGGGUUCGUUCUCUAUGAAUCCGUGGAAUGUGGAUUGCGUGGUAGACGCCGUCGAGAAAGCCUUGCAGCUCUCACAGGCAGAUAGGCAGCACAGGUUGAAGCGUCUGUACCAGUUCGUAUCAAAUUACGACAUUGACAAGUGGGCACAUUCGAUCCUCAACGACAUCUCCAACGCUCGCAAGGAAGAUAGUGGAACUCCUGGACUGGGCUUGGGCCCUGACAGUCGAUUCCUUCGACUGGAAGCCAACUGUGUAUAUACCCAUCUUGACAUCCCGGAGGUUGUCGAGAAGUACAAACGCAGCAGCCGUCGUGUGAUUCUGCUCGACUAUGGCUCUGCGUAUGCCCCGCACUCUCUGGUCGGAAAUCUCAUGGUGGACGCAAGAAGAUACGGCGCUCGAGGCGCGACGCCGAGCCGACCUGACAUGGACUUCAUCGAGUCGAUCAAGGCCCUGGCCAAGGACGAGAGGAACACUGUGUUCUUGCUCAGCUCGCAGGAGAAGGCCAUGGUGCAAGAAUGGUUUCCCAAGGAGACUUGGGAGCAGUACUGGGCAAAUCUAGGGGUUACAGCUGAGAAUGGCUGCUUCUACAGAUGGGGAAAAGCAAACUGGGAGAACUUGACAGAGGAACUUGAUCUCUCGUGGAAAGAAAGAGCAAGGAAGUUGUUGAGAAUGUACACAGACAGAGUACAUGGAACAUACAUUCAAGAAAAGGCUUGCUCGUUGGUUUGGCAUUAUGCUGAUUGCGAUCAAGACUGGGGAGCCAUGCAGGCAAGGGAGCUGACAGAUCACCUCGAAGACAUCCUGGAGAGCGACGAGGUUGACGUCAUUCCCGGCCAGUGCCGCGUUGAAGUUCGACCAAAGACAAUCAACAAAGGGGUCGCCGUUGAGCUGCUUCUGAGGACGAUUGAGAAGAAGAAGCCGGUCGACUUCGUCUUGUGUGUGGGUGAUGAUCGGAGUGAUGAGGACAUGUUUGCUUUGAUCCGCGACCGUCAGAGGUUUAGCGAGCAAGGAAACUGCGCUGUCUACGCUUGUACCGUUGGCUUGCGUCCAUCGCACGCUGGCUACUACCUGUCGGAGAUGGCAGAGCUGCGUCAGUUGCUCAAGGCAUUGCAAGACAAGUCUAUCUCGGCGAAUCGCUCGUAC